AUGUCCAGCCCCAGUGAGGCAGAACUCAUUCACAUGUUUAAGGGGAUUCCCUUUACCAUCAGGUCUUCUCCAGAACUUUUAAAAUCCUUGGAUACUUUUGAUGCUAGAGAAGAUGAUGUCCUUUUGGUUUCCUAUCCCAAAUCUGGCACUCACUGGCUUGCAGGAGUUACAGCAAAGCUUUACAAUACUCAAGUUACACUAACAUCACCCAUUGAAUUUGGAGACAUAUCCAAACUGGAGGAACUGAAUAAACUCUCAUCAAAGAGAAUCAUCCCAACGCACUUAGACUACAACAUGUUACCUCUAAAUUUUAAGAAAAAAAAAUGCAAGAUGAUCUACAUCAGCAGAAAUCCAAAAGAUACUGCAGUUUCCAUGUAUCAUUACUACAGAGAUAACCCAAACCUUCCCACUGUAGACACCUGGACUGCUUUCUUUGACUUGUUCUUAAAAGGAGACGUUGUCUGCGGAUCCUGGUUUGAUCAUUUCCUAAGUUGGGAAGAACAUGCAAAUGACAAAAACAUCCUGUUUUUGUUCUAUGAAGACAUGAAGAAGGAUCUCCCUAAGAUCGUAAAGGAAAUUAGUCUGUUCCUGGGUUUAAACAUCAGUGACAAUGAUAUCCAAGACAUCUGCAAGAAGUCCUCUUUCUCAGAGAUGAAAAGCAACACAGAGAAGGAAAACAGCGAUCCCAGUCACACCGUUUGUGCACUGACAUCCAACAGGAGGCUGAUUUUCCGAAAAGGCACUGUUGGUGAUUGGAAGAACCAUUUCACUCCAAAACAGAAUCGAAGGUUUGAGGAGAUAUUUAAUGAGAAAAUGAAACUCAGCAAAAUGGCAAAAAGUCUCACCUAUGAAUUUUGA